AUGGGUUUCAUUACCAAGGCCCUCCCCCUCGCCCUGGCGGCGAUGUCUGUCGUCAACGGCGCUGAGAUCUUGGAGACUCGCGCUGGUGUCCAGACCCUCGCUGACAAGUACAUCGUUGUCAUGAACGAUGGUGUUACCGAGAAGGCCUUCGACUCUCACCGCUCAUGGGUCAACAGCACUCACCGCCGCCGCCUGAUCCGCCGUGGUGCCAAAGCCAUGGGUGGCAUGAAGCACACCUACAAAUUCCCCACUGGCAUGAAGGGAUACUCUGGUCACUUCGACGAGGACAUGAUCAAGCAGAUUGCCAACCAUGCUGAUGUCAAAUAUGUCGAGCGUGAUGCCCGCGUCCAGACUAUGGCGAUCACUGAGCAGCAGAACGUCCCAUCUUGGGGUCUUGCCCGCGUUGGUUCCCAACAGGCUGGUGGUAACACCUACUACUACGACGACUCCGCUGGUGAGGGCUCUACCGCCUACAUCAUCGACACCGGCACCGAUAUCCAGCACGAGGAAUUUGAGGGCCGUGCCAAAUGGGGAAAUAACUUCGUUGACGACAUGGACAUGGACUGCAACGGCCACGGAACUCACGUUUCCGGAACCGUUGGAGGCGCCACCUUCGGUGUCGCAAAGAAGGCCAAGAUCGUCGCUGUCAAGGUCCUUGACUGCAAUGGCUCCGGCUCCAACUCUGGUGUUAUCAUGGGUAUGGAGUGGGCUACCCAGCAGGCUAUGAGCGGUGGUGCCGACAAGGCUGUCGUGAACAUGUCUCUUGGUGGUGCUUUCUCCCAGGCCUCCAACGAUGCCGCAGCCGCCAUCGCCAAGGGUGGUGUUUUCUUGGCUGUCGCUGCCGGUAACGACAACGUUGAUGCCGCUGAAUCUUCCCCUGCCUCUGAGCCAUCUAUCUGUACCGUCGCUGCCUCCACUGAGCAAGACGGUAAGGCUUCCUUCUCUAACUACGGCCAAGUUGUCGAUGUCUACGCUCCUGGUGACUCUAUCACCUCUGCCAAGCCAGGUGGUGGCUCUCAAGUCCUCUCCGGUACCUCCAUGGCCUCUCCACACGUUGCUGGUCUCGGUGCCUACUUCAUCGGACUCGGCAUGGCUGGUGGCCCCGGUCUCUGCGACACCAUCAAGCAGAAGGCCAUCGACGCCAUCGCCAGCCCUGGCGCAGGCACCACCGGCAAGCUCAUCAACAACGGCUCUGGCAUGUAA